UCUGUCAGGGCGUUUGGCAGGUCGCCGGCUCGACGAUGGUUGCGGAUGAUGGCGACGAGAUUGAGCUCCUGCAAAAUAGUCUUUGGAUUAUUUCGUCAUUUGUAUCUUUUUGUAGUUGCCUGUCACGUUUCUCACUGUCAUCUUUGUAGGCAUCGUGUCCCGACUGCUUCUGAGGUAGUUUAUGGAGUUCACCUGGAAUCGGAUCGAAUAGUCAAGAGAAGUACUGAUCAACAGUUAAGGAUUAAAGUUGUCUAUGAUGCAAGUAUAGAUAAUUUGGAUCCAGAUAAAAAAGAACUAGUUAAGGACAAGCUUUUUCCACGAGCCAUUGACUAUUUGCAAAAAGCUUUUCAAGUUCGUAAGCAUGCUGGUCCCAUUCUACUUGCCAGACAAUGUGCUACUAAUCUGUAUCUGAGGAAGAAAGAUGAUCCUCACAGAUAUUGCCAGGGUGCUUGUGCUGAAAACACUUAUUGCGGACCAAUUGUUGUACCAAAGGAACAUCUACAGCAAUGUAUGGUGUGUGCCGAUAAUGGAAAGUACUGGGGGCCAAGAGGUCAACCGGAUGGUGUAGGCAUUUUGGAUGCUGACUUUGUACUGUAUGUGAGUGGCAUAACAACAGAAAGGUGUGGACAAGAAAAUAUUGUGGCUUAUGCUGCUUACUGUCAACUGGAAGGUACAUUAGACAGACCAGUUGCAGGAUAUGCCAAUCUUUGCCCAAAUAUGAUUUCUACUCAGACUCAGGAAUUUAUAGGCAUGUUAUCCACAGUGAAACAUGAAAUUAUCCAUGCAUUGGGUUUCUCUGCUGGUCUUUUUGCUUUUUAUCACAGUAAUGAUGGAAAGCCUUUAACUCGGAGAAAUGCCAAUGGAUUGCCACCAUUUAACGAAAGUCUAGGAUUAUAUCAAUGGAGUGACAAAGUAGUACGCAGUGCUACAAGACUCUGGGAUGUCAGUGGUAACAAGAGAUUGCGUCAUGAUGUGUACCUUCUUGUAACUCCACAUGUUGUUGAGGAAGCUAGGAAGCAUUUUGCUUGCCCUAUCCUAGAGGGAAUGGAACUUGAGAACCAAGGUGGAAUGGGUACAGAACUUAAUCACUGGGAAAAAAGAUUACUUGAGAAUGAAGCAAUGACAGGAUCACAUACACAGAACAGGGUAUUUUCUAGAAUAACACUAGCGAUUAUGGAGGACACUGGAUGGUACAAAGCUAAUUAUAGUAUGGCAGAACAGCUGGAUUGGGGAAGAGGAAUGGGCUGUGACUUUGUAAUGAAGAGCUGCAAGUUCUGGAUAGAUCAGCAACAACAAAAAAACCAAAAACUUGUACCCUAUUGUGACGCACUGAGAUCCACUCCUUUGCAGUUAACAUGCAGGCAAGACCAGAUGGCUGUGGCAGUGUGCAAUCUGCAGAAAUAUUCGAGGAGGAUACCACAGGAGUAUCAGUAUUUUGAUAGCAUCCCCGGUGUAGCAGCUCAAGAUUUGCCUUACUAUGGUGGCUCAGUGGAGAUAGCCGAUUACUGCCCAUUCACUCAGGAAUUUAGCUGGCAUCUAAGUGGGGCAUUUCAAAGAACUUCUGACUGUAGAAUUGUGGAAAAUCAACCAGACCCAUCCAGAAAUUAUGCUGCUGAAACCUAUAGCCCAGAAUCCAUCUGCUUGCAUCAGAGAACACCAUUUGUGAUGGAGCAGUGUACAAGAAGAAUAAUUUAUCCUGACUGGGGAAGUGGCUGCUACAAGAUCUCCUGCUCAGCGCACGGCCUUACUGUUUGGGUUCACGGUACUCCAUAUCUAUGCAGUCGUGCAGGACAAAUAUUAAAUAUUAAUAUUCAAAUGAGUGAUUGGGUAUAUACAGGAAGUCUUGUUUGCCCUUCCUGUUUUGACUUCUGUAGAACAUGCCCUCCUGAACGUGAUCCUCCACCAGCAAAUGCAUCCAGAAGCAUACCUCUAGAUCCUUGCUCAAGCUCAGCUGGAUUGGUGGUGACAUUGUGGUUGCUGAUUAUUAAUGUCGUUCCUGUGCUUGUUGGAUUCCUGCUCUGUGCGUAGAAUAAACAUUUAGAACUCACUGGUGAGCAGAUCAACGUUGCACUUAACUUUUUGCACCGGAACACUGCCAGGAGUUUUUCUUGCAUGGAACAAUCGUAAACAACUUAAAGAAACCUAAGGGACCUUCUUCAUAUCUAAGGAUGUCUGUCGACUGUUGUGAUCUAUUUUUUUAGUGACU